AAUAUCGCCAAGUUAUCGACGUAUUUUCAGUAUGCUAACCGGCAAUACUUCCUGUGGGGUUUAGGGUUCUAAUGGAGAGGAAGGGUUGAGACAAGAUACGCCAUGAAAAUCCCUCAUUACCCGCUUCUCCUCUGGUCUCCGAAGGCCUCGACCUAAACCUCGUGUUCUUUGCCUCCUCUCCGCACCACAAAUGCUCACGGCAGUUGCCCAUAAUAGUGCUUCUUCUUGUUCUUCUGCCAAAAUCUGAGUACUCAUUCUUUCAUGGCCGUUAGACUCCUUUAAUGGCUAGGGGUCCUUCUAUUUUACUCUCUAAGAUUCCUUUCUGGAGCCGACGGUUCCUAGCUAGGGUGUUUCCUCCUCCUUCCUCAAAUGGUGUCCCUGCUGGAACUUCCGGAAAGCAGCAAAUUUUCACCAAUUCUUUAUCUAAUCGUGGAUGCCCUUGUUUAAAUCUUGCAGAUGCUUCGUGUGCAUUGUUUAGUCGAGUUUCUUACAGGUUGCUGGCUCUUGAUUUCAACUACCAUCUUCGGGAUUUGGAUUCUACGGUUUUGAGGAGGCAUUUCUCGUCGACUCCGGAGGCGGCGGAUUCGAGCUUCAAAGACGUCAGCUCGAUCGAUCCCUCAGAGCUAUAUCGUGACCUCCGCGAUUUGGAGAAGGGCGAUAAGCAGACGAAGUCGGAUUGGCAAGCAUUGGUUGAGAUCUUCCGCUCGUUCGCGAAGUCCCCUUGGACGUGCGACCAGGCCCUUGCCCUCUACAUCAGCAGGUCCUUCUUUCCGACUGCUGCUAAAAAGUUUAGGGCCUUCUUCUUGAGCAGAUGCCCGGACGACAUCGCGAAGCACCUCAUUUCUCUCGGCCCUUCCGAUGAAUCCCAUCGAUUCCUCUUCCCCAUCUUUGUUGACUUCUGCAUCGAUCAGUUCUCUGAUGAGAUUAAGCGCUUCCGGACCCUGGUUCAAUCCGCAGACCUCACGAAGCCGCACACAUGGUUCCCCUUUGCGCGGGCAAUGCGGAGGAAGAUAAUCUACCAUUGCGGACCGACCAACAGCGGCAAGACGUACAAUGCGUUGCAGAGAUUCAUGGAGGCGAACAAGGGAGUAUACUGCAGUCCUCUGCGUCUCCUUGCCAUGGAGGUCUUCGACAAGGUAAACACUUUAGGCGUGUAUUGUAGUCUUCAUACUGGUCAGGAGAAGAAAAACGUCCCGUUCUCGAACCAUGUAGCAUGUACAGUAGAAAUGGUGUCCACUGAUGAGCUCUAUGACGUCGCUGUAAUUGAUGAAAUUCAGAUGAUGUCCGACCCUUAUAGAGGGUAUGCUUGGACGAGAGCGUUGUUGGGAUUGAAAGCAGAUGAGAUUCACUUAUGUGGGGAUCCUAGCGUUCUUGGCAUAGUUAGGAAUAUUUGUUCAGAGACAGGAGAUGAACUAAUUGAGAACCAUUACGCGCGGUUUAAGCCUUUGGUGGUGGAGGCAAGGACCCUUCAAGGAGACCUUCGAAACGUGCGGUCCGGAGAUUGUGUAGUUGCAUUCUCCCGGAGAGAGAUAUUUGAGGUUAAAUUGGCUAUUGAGAAGUUUACGAAUCAUAGGUGCUGUGUCAUCUAUGGAGCUCUGCCUCCGGAGACGAGGCGUCUUCAGGCCAGUCUGUUCAAUGAUCAGGAUAAUGAAUAUGAUGUGCUUGUGGCCAGUGAUGCCGUGGGAAUGGGGUUAAAUCUUAAUAUUAGGAGGGUGGUCUUCUAUGGUUUGUCAAAAUAUAACGGAGACAAGAUAGUUCCUGUUGCUGCUUCACAAGUGAAGCAGAUAGCAGGGAGAGCAGGAAGGAGAGGGAGUAUAUAUCCGGAUGGGUUAACGACAACUCUUCACUUGGACGACCUUAGAUAUUUGAUCGAAUGCCUGCAGCAGCCAUUUGAUGAAGUAAAACAGAUUGGGCUCUUUCCGUUCUACGAGCAGCUGGAGCUGUUUGCUGGGCAGGCACCCAACUUAACCUUUUGUGAACUUCUUGAGAAGUUUGGCGAGAACUGCCGGUUGGAUGGUUCUUACUUUCUCUGUAAGCAUGACCACGUCAAGAAGGUGGCUCAGAUGUUGGAGAAGGUCGAGGGGCUGUCGUUGGAAGAUCGGUUCAAUUUCUGCUUCGCACCGGUCAACGUUAGGGACCCUAAGGCCAUGUUUCAUCUCCUGAAAUAUGCGUCAUCUUACAGCCAAAACCGUUUAGUUGGUCUAUCUAUGGGGAUGCCCAAGGGCUCUGCUACAAAUGAUUCUGAACUCUUGGACCUCGAGACCAGACAUCAAGUUUUGUCCAUGUACCUUUGGCUGUCGUAUCAUUUCAAGCAAGAGACUUUUCCGUUUGCCAAGAAAGCUGAAACAAUGGCAACCGACAUAGCGGAGCUGCUUGCUAGAUCUCUUGCUAAUGCUCGUUGGAAGCCUCAGGCUAGACAUGUUGCUCAGAGGAAAACUAACACCGGAGAAGAAGGACAUGAAAGACCAAGAUCACUUGUCAAGGAGUACAUCAAGAAAAGAGAGGAGAAAUCCUCCGACAGUUUCUCUGCUGAAAAGGUUGCUGCAUAAUAUACAGGAUUGCCAUUCUAACUUCUUUGAUGAAGCCGCUGUUUAUUUUGUCGUUCUCUCAAGCUUUAGUCCCAGUGCUAAAACCUAAAGUUUCAGCAGUUGGUGGUGCAUCCGCUGCCUUCUCAUGUGCAAUUACUGCCUGGGCCAAUAGCAGUUUCUGAUAGAUACAACUUUACCUGUUCUCAUCUGGUUUCUGGAGUUUGUAUUGCUCUUCCGCAUUAGGCAGACAUUGGGAAUCCACAGGCAGAGAAUAUUGGCAUGGGGAACUUUGAUUGUUUCCAUAUUAUAUGCUUGUGUAAUUGUAUCUUAGUUAUUUGGUUAGAGGCUUAGAGCUAAUGAAAAAUGAAGCUUUUACCAUCCAUAUGGAGACAGAGAGGAGGCAGGAUGCCCUUUAGUUGAUAUCUUGCAGCAACCACUGACAAUCGCCUUCUCUUGUUUCAGUUGGAUAUUCUUUUUAACCAUCCAAUAAAGUGUCAUAAAAUGUAUUGCACUGAGGUGUUGGAAUGAUGGUGCGGAACUUUAAACAACUCUUUUCCACCUGCUCCAUCAGAUGCUCCCUGCUAGCAAUUUAUGUUUUCCUAAGAAGUGCAAAAUGCUAAUGUUGCCUGUGUGUGCGCUUUUGCACGUAUGUGUGCGCGUGUACUUGUGGCUUGACUGUAUUAGGUUGCAUUGGGUGCAAUACAUGAUAUGUUUUAUC